ACACACACACACACUGAAAAAUGGCUGACAAACAGAUCAGUUUGUCUGGCAAGCUAAUAAACGGCGGUCUGGCGGGACUGAUCGGCGUUACCUGCGUCUUUCCCAUCGAUCUGGCCAAAACCCGUCUCCAGAACCAGCAGAAUGGAUCGCGCCUCUAUACCAGCAUGUCCGACUGCCUUGUGAAGACCAUCCGGUCAGAAGGAUACUUUGGCAUGUACAGAGGUGCGGCGGUGAACUUAACUCUCGUCACUCCAGAAAAAGCCAUCAAGCUUGCCGCAAAUGAUUUCUUCAGAUUUCACCUCUCUAAGGACGGGCAGAAGCUCACUCUGGUGCGAGAGAUGCUGGCCGGCUGCGGCGCGGGGACCUGUCAGGUCAUCGUUACAACACCGAUGGAGAUGCUAAAGAUUCAGCUGCAAGAUGCAGGAAGAAUCGCGGCUCAGAGGAAGCUCAUGCCGCAGGCUGUGACCCCCGUGGAGCUGAAGUCCCCCACAGCUGUGCAACUCACCAGACAAUUACUGAAGGAAAAGGGCAUCGCGGGUCUUUACAAGGGUCUGGGAGCCACGCUGCUCAGGGAUGUCCCCUUCUCUAUCAUUUAUUUCCCUCUGUUUGCUAAUCUGAAUGAUCUGGGGAAGAGAGGAGGCGACGGUCCCGCUCCCUUCUACGUCUCCUUCAUAUCGGGCUGCAUCGCGGGCAGCACAGCCGCCGUCGCCGUCAACCCUGUAGAUGUGAUAAAGACCAGGCUCCAGACGAUAACACGAGGGACUCAAGAGGACACUUACAGCGGGGUGACCGACUGCAUCAGGAAGAUAUUACGCCAUGAAGGUCCCACUGCUUUCCUGAAGGGGGCGUACUGUCGGGCUCUCGUCAUCGCGCCGCUCUUCGGCAUCGCUCAGGUGGUCUACUUCUUCGGCAUAGGCGAAUACAUCUUGAGCUAUCUGCCCAAACGGAACAAUUAACCACCCUUCCCAUCAUGCAUUGCACCAGUCCUGGCCCCCUCUCACAGGUCGUCAUUACCGAAGGAUCAAAGCGUAACGUGGAGCAGUCUGACUGAUUUGAAUCGUUUGUAGUCGUGCCGUUUUCGU